AAUCACUGUAUUUUUCUGAUUUCUGUAGGGUUGGGAGACCAGUGGGGUCAGGUCCCGUCCAAACACAGGACCCCUCUAGAAAAGGAGUUAGGAUCACACUUGCUACAGACACUAGACGGGUUCAUAUUUGUGCUGGCGCCUGAUGGCAAGAUCAUGUACAUCUCGGAGACGGCGUCAGUUCACCUCGGCCUUUCACAGGUGGAAUUAACCGGAAGUUCAAUAUACGAAUACAUCCAUCCAAACGAUCACGAUGAAAUGGCCGCCAUAUUGACAUUUCAACAACCGUGUAAUCCGCAUCUUGUGAGAGAUUAUGAGGUGGAGCGCUCUUUCUUUAUUCGCAUGAAAUGCGUUCUUGCCAAACGGAAUGCUGGCCUGUGUUCAGGAGGUUACAAGGUGAUACACUGCAGCGGGUACCUGAAGAUGCGCACGUGCGCGAUGGAGCUGCCCCCGUACGAGGCUCCCGGGGGCUACAUCCAGAACGUGGGCAUGGUGGCAGUGGGCCACUCCCUGCCGCCGAGCGCCAUCACGGAGAUUAAGAUGUUCAACAACAUGUUCAUGUUCCGCGCUAGCCUUGACCUCAAGCUCAUAUUCCUCGAUGCAAGGGUCGGCCAGUUGACGGGAUUCGAGCCACAGGAGCUGAUAGAAAAGACCCUCUACCACCACAUACAUGUCUGCGACAUAGUAAACAUGCGCUUCGCCCACCAGACCCUGCUGCUGAAGGGUCAGGUGACGACGCGCUACUACCGAUUCAUGUGCAAGAGCGGGGGCUGGGUGUGGAUGCAGAGCUACGCGACCAUCGUGCACAACAGUCGCUCCUCGCGACCGCACUGCAUCGUCAGCGUCAACUACGUGCUCAGCGAGGUGGAAGCACUUCCAUUGAGAACCCAUAUCGAGCAGACGGCAGUGAAAGAAGCGGGAGAAUUCGGGCUUCAGGAACGGCAAAAAUUAGGCAAAUCCAGAACUCCAAAAUCGAAACACAGACAAUCACCUUAUCCCGGACUUAAUGAUAGCAGAGAGUUUUCAAACGAUUUUGAAAAUGGAUUUAAAAACGAUUUGUUGGACAUUGGCCCACCGGUGCAGGCGUUUCAGGGUAUUCCAUAUUCGCCAUCUUUAGUGACGCAUGCGCAUGACGCAUUCGAACGCUACAACUCAAUGUAUUCAUCGUAUUCUAGUUUAGUGCCCGGAUCUCAAAUGUUCAAGGAUUGUGCGUAUAGUUACAGUUCAACGACGCAGCCUCAUUUUGAUAGCGGAGGGCAAUUUCGUUCCGUGUGUGACGAUCGGCUUAUGCCGAGGGAUAGCGUGGAAUUCCUGCACUUACCCACGAAUACUUGUGACGAACCCAAACUGGAUGAGACAAUUCAUCUUACGCCAUUAGCCCGAGAAAUUAGGGGUUCCGGUCAGUGUUCGCGAAGCAGUAGUCGUAGUGAAGCAAUUAUGUCCAGCAAUAGGUCCGAGUCGUCUGCUUCGGAUGUUGACGUCACUUCCGAUGAUCUCGACGUCAGUAAAUUAGAUAAGCCUUGCUUAAACUUAUCGAAGGAACGCUCUGGUGUUCCAAAUGAGGCCAUUCCUCAAUCAGUCAUAAUGCGCAUGCCAAAUCACAGUCAAUCUUUUUCUCCGUCUCUACGGUAUAGCUGCGACUUCAACAAAUCUAGUUUGUCUAAGUCACCGCGUUCUGCGCAUGUGCGCGCGCAGGUAGAAGCAGUCAAAUAUCCUUCCGACCAAGAAAAUAGUCCCAGAGUGAAUUUCUUUUCUGACUCGACAGAUAAGAUUUACGACGGUAUAAAACAAAUGAAUUCAAAAGGAAUUAAUGAGGAUCCUCUUAUGCAGUGUCUAAGGAACGGAUAUAACUACGAUGCGUAUAAUUCUGGUCAAAUUUACCCCGCGCAAGCGCUGCAAAAUAAACAAUAUGGCGUGAUUCCUCAGGCGGGCUACACUAGUGUUAUAGUGGACGCACAGCAAUAUCAAAUGGCGAAUGGAUUUGUGCACUGAAAUAUAAUGUCGAAAUGGUUCAACAAAGUGUUAAAAAAAUCACGUCCGACAAUAUGUUAAAUUUACUGAAUGUUAUAUGAUGUUCUAUUGUUUAAUAGUAAAAACUAUUUAUUAAAACCAGAUUGAUAUAUUUAUAUUCUGAAAUGAUUAGUUGAAAUAUUUAUUCAAGUUGAUUCGGAAUAUUCUACACUCUAGUAUAUUAUUUUUAAUUUGACUAAUUUGCUCAUUAUGCAAAUUUUAUCUUGUUUGUAUUUCAAAAAAUUAUAUCGACUUCCCAGUUUCGUACAAACACAACCUAAGUUAUGAAUUAUGAUCACACAGAAACAUAUUUAGAUGUCAUUCUGAAGAAUGAUCAAUAUAAGGGACACAUUCUGUACUUUUCUUGAAUACGUUAUUGAAGUAAUAAAUUAUCAAUUAAAUAUAUAUGUAUUCUAAUAACCAUGUCGCCUUCUACAGUGCAAUUGUGUUUGGACAGGGCCAAUCAAAUAUGAUUUUACAAACACAUUAUCAUAUAUUCGCGAUGUAUUUUAAACAGAAUUUGUGAUUAUUGAAUUAUACACGUAAUGAAAUUUAUCCCAACGCCUUUGGAAAAUAACAAAUGUUUUUUUUAUUCGAGUAACACUGUCCUAAACAUUUUAAUGAUGCACAUGUUAUAUUUCGUUUAAAAACUAACAAAGUGACACCAUGAAUAACAAAUCAAAUUCAACUUUUCAUGUACAUUAAUGUAUGUAUUCGUUUCCUUUUAUCAAGGGGCAGAAUCAACGAGGUUUUCAGCCGUUUACACACGGGCUGGGCAGAACUUUAUUUUUGCAAAUAUCUCAAGUUAUUGAAAUACAUUUGAAAAAAUCUUUAGUGCAUAAAAGACAGUUUUUCUUGUAGUUUGUGCCGAUGUCUCCAAUGGCGUAGCUGCUAUUAGGCACAGCGGGCCCGGGCAUACAAUUUUUUUUUGAAACAUGAGAAAAUAAAAAUGCUUAAACAUCGAAAAACGCUCGCUUUAAAAUGUUGAGCCUGAGGGGUUGAGGUGUUAGAAAUCUGCAUUUCAUAUUGACAUAUUCCUCAGACAAUUGAUUCUGGUCGUGUUCAAAGGAACAAAUCGUGCAUGAGAAGCACCAUGUCAGUUGAAAGGCAAUCUGAUUUAGGACUCCCACACAUUCACGGAGACGGAUGUUUCGAUCGAUGAAAUCAUCAACACAUUUGCCUCGGUUAAGUGUAGAAAUAUUGAUUUCAUGGUAUUGAUGCACUUGUUAGAAUAAUUAGUGUAAUAGAUCGAAUAUAAGUAAGUUUUACACUCAACACGUUACGGUGACGUAAUAGACAUGCAGACAGUAUUAUUGGAAAGAAUUCCCAUGGUUUGACCUGUGAAUAAGUGGAGUGUUACACUCUUAAAUGUUUCUCUGUUCCACAUUGUUUGAAAAUUUAGUUCUCUGGAUUAAAGAUACUAGGUUUUUGUAUUAAUACAGUAAAAUUUAGUUCUCCGACAUUGAGAUAAAAGAGUAAUAAAAAGGCAAAAGUCUUAUAUUUUCUUAUCUUAGUAUUUGUCUAGAUAUGCUUUAAAUCACAACACAGGAUUUAUAGGAUUUAAAAAUUGUAAUGGGGAGGACCCCCAGACCUCCCUUUUUAUGUAUCAUAUCCGGGCCUACAGCUCAAAAAAUGCUAGCUACGCCCCUGGUCUUACGGUAUAUGAAUAAUACUUUAAAUACGUCUGAAAUCUUUGACAAAAUUUUACAUUCCAUGAAACAUAACCGUGCAGUACAUGUACAAAUCGAAUUAUGAACAAGAACAAAGGCUUAUUAAAUAAAGUAAUUCUGAUGUAUUUCAUAUUGCCAUAAAAACCUGCUUUUGUGCACAAGUUGAAAUUCUUAGAAAAGUUGUUUAAACAAGUUAUUUGAAAUAAAGCACCACUAAUAACCGUCGUGUUAAAAUCCAUUAAAGUUAAAUGUGGAACCCCACACAGUCGCAUGAUCCUGCACCAUGUUUAUUGUACAAACGAAAUGAUUUAUUCAUACAGUACACCUACAGCAAACGUUGAUCGAACAACUGUGAUUCCUAAUGAUAAAGUUAUUGGAUUUUAUAUUCGGAAAUAUUCCGUGAUGAGACCUUAUUUAAAAAUAUGCUGCUGGAAAUUGUCAUCAUAUUGCGUGCUUAACUUAAAUGGGCAGUUCGUCGUUUGUCAAGAUUAAAUGUCGCACAAUGGGAUAAAUAUGCAUACAAAUGAUCAAUAAACGAUGGUUUUGUUGUUAGCAGUUAACAGUGUCACAUUAAAAAAAAGUUCAAUAUAAAGAAAUUAAUUUUCCCUGUGCCAAUUUCGUGUUAAUAACCCCUUUAAAUCGUCUUUAUAUGUUAAUUUCUUGUUGAGAAUUAUGUUGCCAUGAUGUACGAUAAUGUGAUUACGUACCAAUAAAGAGAUUGAAAAUAGA